GAAAAUAUAAAGACAGCCUGUCCGACCACUCAGCAGGCAGCAAUAUCUUCAUCUCGUAGUGUUCACUUCUGUCUAUGUGGAAACAGAGUUUCAUCUGGCAUUUAGAGAGUGGAAAGAAUGAAGUGUGUUGUGGUGUUUCUUGUUUUGUCCAUGGUUGUCCUCAUGGCUGAACCUGGAGAGUGCAUUUGGGGAGCGAUUUUCCAUGGAGCUGGACAACUCAUCCAUGGGCUCAUCCAUGGAGGAAAAGAUUCAGUCAAAGAUCAGCAACAAGAUCAGCAACAAGAUCAGCAACAAGAUCAGCAGCUGGACAAGCGUGAAUUUGUUCGCCACUUUCGUCGACAUAAGUCUAACUAGAUUCAAGGCACCUCACUGGAGAUAUGUUUGGAAGGAAAAGAAAAGCUUCUUGGUCUUUAAUAUAAAAAAUAAAAGUAUUAAAAAAUGCAGCCAAUUAUUUCUUGAAAAUAUAUUUUCUGUCACUUUGCUUGAUAAAGGAAUCUUGGCACUUUUAUUUUUGUGAUUUGUCAGGUGAUUAAUAAAUUCAUAGCAUGCUGAAA